GUAGGAUUAGCCAAUACAAAAUAAAAACAAAAUUUAAAACUAUUAAAAAAAUAUUUUACAAACGAAUAUCCCAUCUUUUGUGCAGUGUUUGAGCAAAUAAUAAUACUAUAAUUAAGGAACAGCAUCAUAAGAAGACAGCAGUAAAGAUCCAGAGACGAAAAAACACAAAAAUAAAUUUUUAUCUAAAAUUCUUUGUUAUUGUUGAUUAAAUAACGGUUCACAAAAGGUUAUCAGAAGCUGUCAAACGCAUUUCCUCAUCAUGCCGCUCUUAUAUACAGUGAUAUCGCGUGGAAAUACAAUUUUAUGUAAAUAUGCUGACUGCGUUGGAAACUUUUCGGAAGUAACUGAGAAUCUCAUCACGAAAAUACAAUUAUCGAAUCACAAGAUGACUUAUACACAUGGAAACUAUCUGUUCCACUACGUUUGUGCUGAUAAAAUAAUCUAUAUGUGCAUCAGUGAUGAUGAGUUUCCAAGACAGCGUGCCUUCAUUUAUCUUUCCGAAAUUAAACAGAAAUUCUUAGCAACUUAUGGAUUGACAGCAGCAACAGCCCUUCCGUAUGCUAUGAAUACAGAAUUUGCAAAAAUUAUGGCUAGUGAGAUGAAGAAAUGCAAUGAAAGUGGUGAAUAUGAUAGCAUUCAAAGAGUACAUGGUCAAAUUGAUGAACUUAAGGAUAUUAUGGUUAAGAAUAUUGAGAAUAUAACGACAAGAGGCGAACGACUUGAACUUUUAGUCAAUAAAUCGGAGAAUUUGCGCAAUAAUGCUGUAUCAUUUAGACAGACAAGUAGAAGCUUGGCACGCGCUCUAUUUUGGAGAAAUGUGAGAAUGUACGUCCUAUUGGGUCUCUUAUUACUCUUUGUUGUGUAUAUCGUCACGUCGAUUUUCUGUGGCGGUUUUACAUUGUCCAAAUGUGUAUAAUUCAAAUGAUAUUCGAUGAUCUUAAUUUAUUCAAGAAUCAAGGUGCGAAAAUGAGGUAAAAAUUCAUUUAAAGUUAAAUAAAUUUCCAUAAAAAUUGAAAGUUUUUCAUUCUUUUUUGCACCUCUCAAUAAAGUAACGCGUGAUUAAUUAUGAAAUUUUAUAAUCAAAAACCCUAUUCCU